GUCCGUGAUCUCAGCUUAAUUAUAUAACCCCUCACUCUUUUCUCUCUCUUAAAUUUAUAAAUACCAGUUUCUCUCCCCUAUAAACAUAUCAUUGCCUGUUCGCCAAUCCUCCGUUUUAAUUCGUGUUAAAUCCAGGGGAUGGAUUCCCAAUCAGUUGUUGAUAUGAUAGAGGCCUCCUCAGGAGUCCAUUUUUCUGGAUUCCAUAUGGAUGGUUUAGACUCAAGAAAUACAGAAAUAGGACAAGCAACCACCUCUGCAACCGAAGAAAUGCAGAAACAGCCUUUUGUAAUUGGUGUUGCUGGUGGUGCUGCAUCUGGAAAGACUACUGUCUGUGAUAUGAUUAUUCAGCAACUUCAUGAUCAGCGUGUUGUACUUGUUAACCAGGAUUCAUUCUACCAUAAUCUGACUGAAGAGGAACUUGUACGAGUUCAUGAGUACAACUUUGACCAUCCUGAUGCAUUUGACACUGGAAAAUUAUUAUGGUCUAUGGAGAACCUGAGAUGUGGUGUAGCAGUAGAUAUUCCAAACUAUGACUUCAAGAGUUACAAGAACAAUGUUUUUCCAGCAAGAAGGGUCAAUCCUUCAGAUGUUAUAAUUUUAGAAGGGAUUCUGAUUUUUCACGAUCCUCGUGUCCGUGAGUUGAUGAACAUGAAGAUAUUUGUUGAUACAGAUGCUGAUGUACGAUUGGCAAGGAGGAUAAGGCGUGAUACUGUUGAGAAGGGUAGAGAUAUUGGUGCUGUACUUGAUCAGUACUCAAAGUUUGUGAAGCCUGCUUUUGAUGACUUUAUACUUCCAACUAAGAAAUAUGCUGAUAUCAUAAUUCCACGCGGGGGAGAUAAUCACGUGGCAAUUGACUUGAUUGUGCAACAUAUCCGGAUGAAGCUUGGUCAGCAUGAUCUGUGUAAAAUAUAUCCCAAUCUAUAUGUUAUUCAAUCAACUUUUCAGAUACGUGGUAUGCACACUCUCAUACGCGAUUCUCUGACGACAAAACAUGAUUUUGUUUUCUAUUCUGAUCGGUUGAUUCGUUUGGUUGUGGAACAUGGUCUUGGGCAUUUACCAUUUACAGAAAAGCAGGUGAUCACCCCAACUGGAUCUGUAUAUUCUGGUGUAGAUUUCUGUAAGAGGUUGUGUGGUGUCUCUGUAAUCAGAAGUGGUGAGAGCAUGGAGAAUGCUCUGCGAGCAUGCUGCAAAGGUAUCAAGAUUGGGAAAAUCCUCAUUCAUCGAGAAGGUGACAAUGGCCAGCAGCUUAUCUAUGAAAAAUUGCCAACAGACAUUUCAGAGAGGCAUGUUUUAUUAUUGGAUCCUAUUUUAGGGACAGGCAAUUCAGCAGUUCAAGCUAUUAACCUACUUAUAAGAAAGGGUGUACCAGAGUCCAAUAUCAUAUUUCUGAAUCUCAUAUCUGCACCCCAGGGUGUGCAUGUUGUCUGCAAACGAUUCCCGAGAUUAAAGAUUGUGACCUCCGAGAUUGAAAUCGGGUUAAAUGAAGAUUUUCGUGUAGUACCCGGUAUGGGUGAGUUUGGUGACCGAUAUUUCGGAACAGAUGAUGAUGAAAGGCAAGUGGUAAUUGGCUCCUAGAAGCAAUUCAUUUGCAGCUGUCAUCGUUGAACCGACAAAUCAUUUUCCAAACUAUCAUUGCACCAACAAUGUGAUAAUUGAUCGAAGCUUGUUUGUCUUUUCCUUUUUCGCCCUCCAGUUUUGGUUCAAUUUUGACUUUAUUAUUAUUCAUCAGGUUUUCCUUUUGCCCUGCCUUGAUUUGAAGCUCAGGGUAGCGCUGAGAGUGGUUGGGACUUGGAGGGGGAGAUGUAUGUUUAGUUAUUAUAAAUUUAUAUAAGAUGGGUUAAACAGUUUGGUGUUUAGAUAGUCUGAAGAGUAACAAGAAAGUAUUUUGGUAGUCAAUACUCACAAGACAAUAUUUUUCUCUCAAUUCAUAAUUUACGGGGGGAGGGAGAUUAUUAAGAUAGGCACCCCUUGAAAAGCUCGGUACCAGCUAACAACCCACCCAUCCCAUUAUAUUUGUAUUUGCGAUCUCGGAUACUUUCACUUUAUUAUAUGUCAUAAAAUUCCUACCUCCAGUUUUUUGUUUUUCAAAUUCUCUCAAUAUAGAAAUCCUCUUAAUCU